GCGGCUAUCGUGAGGCAAUGACCAGGGGGGCCAAGAGUGGCACAUUUACCCACGUAUUAAUACCGUCAAGUUGGACUUUCGAUCCGAAUGCUUUUAUGGCAACCCGCGGUCGUGAAUGUCAGGCUUACCUACGUGAAUUACUUCAAUCACAAAUGUUUCAUCAGAUUAAAUCGUUCACCUGUGGCACCCUUUCGGUACCUAGCUGCCAUGCCACCCGAAGGAAGCACGGGGGUGGGGGUACUGCCAGGUUGCCCAGGCAUAGACAGGGAUGCACAGGUCAGAUCCGAACCACGGAUCUUCUGUUCAUUGAAUCUCGACUGGCCGAAUUGAAUUCCGAUUUGGGAAUGAUUCAUCAAGAUGAUUUCGAGGAUUGUAUCAGUCGAGUUCCAAGUCACGUACGCUCGAAUUUGUCAGACCUACUUGAACGUGGUCGACGGGGGUUUGGACGCUUGGCGACAC